AGAUUGAAGACAUCAUCCCUCCGGACAUUGCACGGCUUCCUUGACCUAUUGUGUGCCGAGACGAUUAUACGGUGAUGCCUGACAACGUACGGGGUCAUCAUAUUAUAUGGCACCCCCACCACUUCCAACCUGCAUUGGCGAGAGGGAACUGGGUAAUGGCUAUAAAAGAAGAAGGGGAGUGGCAAUUUUGCCUCCACAGACGUAUGUCACGAUCCAAGUUUGUCACACACGCCAGAAAUGAGAUUGGCAAGCGACUACUGGGACUUAAUCCGAAGGUUUCUCAAUCAAGGCUGGAUGCAAGGACAGAAGAAAUUUUUCAGGAGUUCAAAGCAUCUCGAUGGCUUGAGUAUCUGGAAGAGUUCUAUGAUCGAGAAACAAGUCCAGCUUUUGGAUAUAAUUGGCGUAUCGAAGAGGAACUUCAAGACAAAGUUGGGGAAAGGAAAGGAGCGAGCGGCGAUGAGAGUGGCAAGGGAUCAAGAUCAGGCGGCGGUGCGCUUGGCAAGGGAACAAGAUCAAGCGGUGGUGAACAUGGCAAGGGAUCGGAACCAAGGGGCGGUGCCAAAGGCAAGGGCCUGGGAUCAAGCGUCGGUGCAAGUGGAAAGCCAAUAAGUCAUGGUGAACUGCAAAAACACGAAAUGUGUCAAGGGCGUCAAGCAACAGAGGGAAAGGUAUCAGGACCGAGCGGCGGUGCACAUGACAAGGGAUCGGGUUCGCCUUUGGGAUUAGGACCAAGCAGCGGUGCACAUUGCAGGGGAUCGGGUUCGCCUCUGGAAUUAGGACCAAGCGGCGGUGCACAUGGCAGGGGAUCGAGAGGCGAUGCAAGUGGCCAGGAUUUGGGAGGAAGCGGCGGUGCAAGCGUCAAGGGCGUAAGUCAUAGAGAACUGCCGAACUGUGUCGAGGAUGUCCUUCCGGAUGACCAAGUUUGGGCGACCACUGUGUUGGCGAGCGAGAGUGUUACUGCGCAAGUGGAUAAUAUUGGUGCACUUGCAGAAUUAGAGAUGUCAUCGUUGGAUAUGCCAGCUGAGAAAGAUGAGCAUGAAGUCUCUCUGGGCAUGAAGGAUAAAAGCGCGACUGCGGGUGCAAAGGAAACUGUCAAUGUACAGGCCAUCGAAGAGGAUGAAGGACAUAUAGUACUAAGUACACGGGAGCAACAUACGCUUGUACAGCCUGAACUUAUGGUUUCAAAAUCAGAAGCACAACAGUCUGCUAACCUCGUGAUAUCUAUCAACGAAUCUCCUUUUACACCAUCGCAUGAUGCGAUAGAAGGUCGUGUUGAAGACAAAGCGUUAGUGAGCCACCGAGUUCAUGACCCCUCGUUCCAGAUUCCUUUAGCAACAAAACGCCUCACCGUAGAAGAAAAGGAGUAUCUUGACAUGAUUACAUGCAGCAGCGAAGACAAUGAAGCAUACUGCAUUGUCGAUUACAAGGGGAGCUGGAAGGUGGGAAAGAAAGACAUCAUGGUCGUCGUCGAGGAUGAGAAAUGGCUAAAUGACGAAGUCGUCAAUUUGUACCUGCUAGCCGUCUAGAUCACUAAUGAUCACAUCAAGGUUGAUUCGGCAUGUACAGAAGUGACAAGAGAUAAUGUUUCUUUUGUGUACAUUUUCAAUUCUUUUUUCUUCACUCGAUUGUCACGUCCUUUGAGGUUUGAAACCGCAUAUUCUGAAGGGAUGAAAUGGGUGAAGGACACAAAUCUUUUUUAUUAUGACUUAGUGAUUAUCCCUCUUCAUUUUGAAAAUCAUUAGGCGUUAGCUUAUGUCACCAUAGACGGUCCGAACUGUAAAUUCCACCUCAUAGACUCUCUCCCUCGUGUUGACUAUGUUUCAGUCCUUGAACGUUUGGAAGAUUUUUUCGAAGCGGAGUUUCAUCGACACAAUCUUCGCGAAAGAUAUCAUGUGGACGGGCCUACAUCCUCCUUUGAUACAUCAGUAAAUGAGAUUCCUGCUC